CUCUAAAUACGCUCUCCAAACGUUGCCGGUACGCGCUCCGCCAUUUUCAAAAGCGUGAGUAGUGCGGAAUCUUUGUUUACAAUCCAUCGCAUCUAGACCUUGUAUGUGGAGAUAAAGGUUUGAAACAUAACGGAGGUAAAGACGGAACAUCACCAUGUCUAUUGGUGUGCCUAUUAAAGUUCUGCACGAGGCAGAAGGCCACAUCGUAACCUGCGAAACAACCAUGGGUGAAGUGUACAGAGGAAAGCUUGUUGAAGCCGAGGACAAUAUGAAUUGCCAAAUGGCUAACAUCACAGUUACUUACAGAGAUGGCCGAGUUGCACAACUAGAAAAUGUUUACAUCCGUGGAAGCAAGAUUCGGUUCCUCAUACUUCCAGACAUGUUAAAAAAUGCCCCAAUGUUCAAGAGAGUCCAAGGCAAGGGUGGCGGCGCAGGAAGAGGAAAAUCUGCAAUUCUUCGUGCACAGGCUGCCCGAGGGAGAGGAAGAGCUGGUGGGCGUGGCAAUGUGUUCCAGAAAAGACGUUGAUCAUUCUCUAUUUCAAACUGGCCAAGAUGGCGAUGUGUUGAUUUUCUUUAAGACAUUACGUGAGGCCAUGAUCAUGGUCAGUUCAAUCAUCUACACCGAAGAUGUGGAAAUACAACUGAUAAUACAUCAAGAGAAGUUUACUGCGUUCAGUACAGAUAUAUUUGUCUAAUGCAAGCACAUGAUCAUGAUACAUUGUAUAUAUAUGCUUUCUAAAUCAAGGUUUUGUCAUUUCAUCACCACUUCAUUAAACUCAUUUAAUCUA